CCCCGCGGUUACCAUAGUAGCCUCCAAACACUACAGCUUCAACUAUCGUGCUGUUUCUGCGUUUUCCCUGUUAUGUUCCCUGUGUGGGUUAGUUAAGAGUUCAACUAACUAAAUUAGCUUCUUACAUUAGAUGCCACAUAGCUAGGUUAGCAUUUAGUCGAAAUUAGCAAUGUCAGAGGCGGAGGGUGAGCGCGAUACCGCCGAUGUGUCCGGUGCCACUAAGGAGACAGAUGAAAACCCAAAGGUGCCAAACCCAGACGAGGCCGCGACCGAAAGCGUUACUCCGACACAAAGUGUGCUUGAGGAGGAUGACGGAAUCCAGACAGCCGUCCAACAGACCCAGGUGGAUAUCUGCUCAGAUCAGGAAAUAGAGCCGAGUUCACCAUCUCAGACAGUGGGACAGGACAGAGUCAGUCCUCAUGAACAAGAAAGAAUCAACGCUGCUGAUGUGGGAAACUCAACAGCUACAGUUAAAAUCUUACUUAUGCCAGAGGGUCACAUGAUGACUGUGGCUUUUAUGAUUGGCCUCACCAUUCAAGACUUGAAGAAUCAUUUUGCCAAUGAGCUACGAGUACCAUCUGACCUUAUUCACAUCAUACUCAAUGGUAAUGCUGUGGAAGAUCACCAGACCCUGAUGAGCCUUGGGGUGCAGCCGCACGCCACAGUCCAGUUCGAGAUGAGCUCAUUAGAUCCUGAAAAUUACCCCAUCAAGCCAGUUAAACCUCAGCAGGAAUGCAACAUGCCGGAUGUCAUUACUGUCAGAGUACAAACAGAUGCAGGUAUCUAUCAGGAUGUGGUAGUUGAGAUUGAAAGAGCCACUCAAAAGAAACCUUUCUUGGGAGGAUAUCGCCACAAGGUCACUAAAACUGAGUACCAUCAUGCUGGAGUGCAGACGAUGGUCAGAAUGAGGCCUCAUAAAGGAGUGGAGACUUUCAGUAGAGACACACAGACAGUGUAUUUGAAGAGCCAGGCUCAGCAGUGCACCAUCACCACUUCAACUCAGAUGACUAAACCUGGGUGCUACAUAUCCAACAUGAAGGACAAACUCAUCACACCAGGGAUUUACGUCACUGUAGACGAAUACCACAGCAAGAGGCUUAAGGCUGUAAUUAUUAUCCAGACACAUACCAGGCGCUGGCUGGCCAAACGACUGACCACCCAGCUGAGACUGGAUAAAGAGCAACAUAUGGCCUGGGUCGAGAGGGAAGAAAGAAGACAGAAAGAAGACAAGGAAGAGCAGAUUAGAGCAGAGUACCACAGGAGAAUGAACCCAGAGAAAAAAGAAGACUUUGCACUGCUUUAUAAUGCACUAGAAAUGUGGAGAAAGGAAGAAGAGGAGAACAUUAAUGCCUCUCUGGGUGGAGCAGAAAGGAAAGCCGCUCUGUGCGCUCUUUUGGAGCAGGAGAUGCAGUUCAUUGCAUCUAUAGAACGCCACCGAUUAGCUGCAGGAGAGAGGAACCAGGAGAAGGCAGUGCAAGCAUUCCUCAACAAGUGCGCUGCCCCCAAGCGAUGGCAAGCGUCUGAUGGGAUAAUGACCCAGAUGGAUACGCCGCACACCAUUAGGGCCAGCGAGCUUCGUGAUCUCUAUAGCAGCAUCACCCUGAGCUAUCUGAGCCAGGAGGAGCGCCUUGAUGUGCUGCUUACACUCAAACAUACUGUCAAGGAACAUGACUGUAAGCUGACUCGAGAGAUUGUGGAGUUGAUUGACAGAGAGGCCGAUCUGCUGAUGAGAGGUGUAAAGGAGAGUAACCUAGAGGGGCUGAGGAAGAGGAUUGUCACUCUGUUCCUCCAGUACAUCAAAAACCCCACUUUCAACCCCCAGGUGUCCAAACUGCUGCCGGCGCAACAAGACCCAGAGCAGCUAAGGAAGAAUGUCCAUUUGUGCCGUGGCUGCAGUAACUUCCUGCCUCGCUCUGAGUUUUCUCUGACACUGAAUGCACGCACGGUGGGUCUUUGCCGCCACUGCAAAGAGCUGGACAAUGAGGCUCGGCACAGGGAAGACUUCUUCUACUACAAAACCAUUCUCAAACGUCUGCGCAAGGAUGAAUCAGAAGUCAACCCAGACGCCAAGAUCCCUUACCUACUACAGCAGCAGGAUCUGCGCUAUCUAGUGGAUGUGGUAUGGGGGGCUCAGUCUGCAUUGAGUGCGUGGAACAACCUGCAUGACCUGCUGAUGGUGCGCUGGGACAGGUAUUGCGAAUGGAGCCCCUGGAACUGCAUCCUGCUUACCAAGGACGAGGCAGCCGCUCACCUCAAAGUCGAAAACAUAGAGAAGACAUAUGGCACUGUGUUUAUCUGGAACAUGAAGCACAAGCACGCUCUGGCCCGGAAAUACUUCUCCCAGAUCCCUGUGAUGGUGGAGUAUCUCCAUGAUGUGGACUCACAGCAUGUUGCCCACAACCACCUACUGGUCACCAAACCCUUCACUACAGCGCCCAAGCAGUCUCAUUAACACACUAUCUACAAUGCCUACAGCUGUAUUUCAACCUCUUUAUUUAUUUCAAGGGCAAUAAAGAAAGCAAUACACUUAGUCACAGACCUGUUUUACACUGAUGACUUUCCAUUGUACAUGUACUAGUUUAGUGGAAGUGACUCACCCUGAAUCAGAUUGUUAAAGACACUUAAACAUGGAAUAAUGUUUUUGAGAUCCAUUUUCAGUUUUCCCCAUAAAACCAUAUCAAUAAAGAUGUAUGCUUGUGAAUUCCACAUAAAGCGAAUAAAGCAGGGAACUAAUCGAAGCA